GCUUUAUUGACGGUAGUUGGUUUUUUGGUUGAGCCCACAUUCGGUGGUGACUGACUCCAUGAGGGAUUUAUUGGCGUCUAGGAAAGGACCCGCUGCACUGCUCUUGCUUUUACUUAUUGCUUCUUUUUGUCGCUCUCUGCACCGCCCCAGAAACUUCCUUUUUACAAUUGUCUAUUCUGAAUGCAGCCGCGUCUUGAGGCAGCAGCAGCAGCAACCUGAGAGAGAGGCCAGAGACGACUUUUUGUUUACCAUUGCGUGUAUUCUUCUUCCAAAUUGUGGUCGUCCUUAUUUGCCAAAAGGGAAAUCCACAAGGCCUAUUAUUUGCCUCUAAACUUUUUUAUUUUCGCCAGCGCACUUCAGCAUUUGGUGCAAGGGAUCCAUUUUCGCCUUCCGCGUGAUCAGCCCACGAUUAUUGCCAGUCUUUGGCGUCAAAAGCACGGCCCCCUGCCCAGCAAAGCCUGCUUGCAUACUUCUCGAUAAAAAAAAAAACUCGCGGAUUAUAUACA